AUGCAUGAAAUCAUCACGCUGCAGUUGGGUCAGCGGAGCAACUACCUCGCAACUCAUUUCUGGAACGCUCAAGAGUCGUACUUCAAGUAUUCUGAUCAAGAAGACUCGCUCGUCAAUGCCGACGUCCACUUUAGGGCUGGGCUGGGUCCGGAUAACGUCGAAACGUUCACACCUCGGACUGUCAUCUAUGACUUGAAGGGAGGGUUUGGGUCUCUACGCAAGAUCAAUGCCCUUUAUGACCUGGAGGAAGAACCUACUGCCGCCCGUCUAUGGGACGGUGCUACCCUAACCCAGCACCAGCAAGCUAUCGAGCCAUCAAGAUACCAGACCCUUCUCGAUCAAGGACUACCAACCUUUCAGCUGCAUGACGGCGAUGUACGGUACUGGUCAGACUUCAACAGAGUCUUUUACCAUCCAAGAUCGGCCGUCCAGCUAGAUCAGUAUGAGCUAAACUCACAAUUGAUGCCGUUCGAGAACUGGUCCACCGGCGAAGAGCUUUUCCGAGACCUCGACAAAGAGUUUGACCUGAUCGACCGCGAUGUACGUCCUUUCGUGGAAGAGUGUGAUCAAAUGCAGGGGCUCCAGAUGCUAGCAGGUUCCGAUGAUGCCUGGGGUGGGUUUGCUGCCCGAUAUCUAGACAGCCUACGGGACGAGUAUGGCAAAACAAGUAUAUGGGUAUGGGGCUCAGAGAAUACUACAAGGCUGCCGAGACGGGAGCAACUUCUUCGGUCGACGAAUGCCGCACGUUCCAUGGCUGCGUUUGGCCAGCAGGCUUCGGCAUACAUUCGCCUGGCAACGAUUCCAAAAUCGUACCCAUCAUACCUGAACAUCCAUUCGACGUCCGACUGGGUGUUGACAGCUUUGCAAUGCGCUGCUUUUGAGUCAGCCACUCUGCCCACCCGACUCGCCCAUGACUCUACACACAAUGUCUCACUCUCCUUACUCGAGGCUAUACUCAAUACGACUGGGACACAAAAUAUUCUUGACUUGCAGCUCAGUCGGAAGCCAGCCGAACAUACACCUAUCAAUGGGGCAACGAGCACGGCGCUCCACAAUGGGCAUAAUGAUGAGGCAGAAUCGGCAGAUGCUGAAAGUCUCGACAUAAGCUUCGUUCCUGGACAGGAUCAGGCACCCCACAGCGCUCACACCUUCGCGCGGACCGAAGUUCAUCGGUCGCAUCACGAUUCCUUACCGGCCGCGACUGAUUCACGAGAGGAACAACUCAGGCGUCGGCAAAAUGAGGAGACAAUCGUGGAGAAAUUCGAGACCAAACUAACUUUUCCUCUGCUAGACUCCUUCCCGGAGUCGCUAUUCCGCCCAGACGGCCUGCGUUCCAGUCUGGAGCUCACGGCAGCGCUGAGCAGCAGCUCUGGCAUGAAAAAUCACAUCCUACAGUUGCGGGAGGUGACUAGGCGUGGAUUGACAAGCGACGAGCGCGAAGCAACCUACAAUGAUCUUUCAGAGCUGGCAAAUAAUUACAGCUUUGGCUGGGAGAACAGUUCCGAUGAAGGCGAGGAUGUCUAG